AUGAAAGGCGAACACUUUUCCCACAUGUGGAUGACUAACAAGGAAGUAUUACAUGUGCACAGAACAAAAUUUCACGUCAGACAGUCUAGAAAAAUUGAAUUUGAUAUCAAGUUGAUGAAGUUUUCUUCAUACAGUGAUUGGAAAAGGAGUAGCAAUAUAGGACAUCAUAAUAUGUAUUCAUGGUUUAGACUUACAAAGAUGAUUCUGCAAAACAGAACCAUCACAUCAUAA